UCUAGAAAAGUUUGUUUUGGUUUCACGAACCUCUUUGUUUUUGAUUGGAUUGGGAUUCCUAGCCCCCAAACAGCAUCCACCAUGUCCCACCGCCACCAGGACAUUCCCAUUCGGCCACGCUACGGUUACGUGGACGAGGAGACUGGCCCGGACAAUCGGCAGCGGUCAGGAGGAGCUGGAGCCGGAACUGGGGGACAGACCACACCCGCGUCCUCGUACACUGAGAUUCCGUUUCUGGCCCAGUAUCCGGGCGCAGUGCCGGAGAACGUGCUGCAGGAUCUCACGCCAACGGCAGCCCCCGAGAAUCCCCUGCCCGGGAACAGUGGCGAGAGCUACGUGAACCUGGACUCUGGCGCGGAGGAUGGAGAGGAUGAGGAGCUGGAUCCCGAGGGGGAGGAGGAGGAGGACAAUAGCAACACGAACAGCAACUCCAAGGACAGCUCGGCGGGGGAAGUGCAGCGCAGAGCGGAGACUAGUAACCUUCCCUACGAACUGGAGGGCGCCAGCGACUCCGACGGCAUGCGUCACUUUGUGGCCCACGAUCUGGAGGCCAAGCUCCGCGAGGGUUACUCCUCGGAGCACACUACACCGUCCACCUCUGUGGCCCCGGGUAUCACGCGUCGCUUUCUGCAGUCGCGCAACGUGCCCGAGGUCGAUGGCAGUGUGCUGAGCGACAUUGAGCUGGAGGCCCAGUAUCUGGCCAGCUCGGUGGACAACCUGCUGGAGAAUUUGGGCAACCUGCUGCACUCCAUCUCCUCGAUCACCGCCGACAACGUGGAGGUGCACAGAAGUGCGGUCAACAAGCUGACCGACACCCUGGACGCGAACAUCAAGUGCCAGUACCAGCUGCUGGCCAAGGCCGAGGAGAUAACAAAGUCGAUGAAGCCCACGGAGCAGCUGGGACAGCGAAUCAGGGAGAUCAAGCGACUGGUGGACAUGCUGGACAGCACCAUGUAGACGCGAUAAUCCCCCGAUCUGUGCAAUCAGAGAAGAUCUUAGUGUUUCUAGUCAUUCCGCAAAAUAAAAGUUAAGUUCAAGUUCUCAAA